ACAGAACGUUGUGCAAAAGCAAAAAAAUGCGUCGUUUGUUCUUGGCUACUUACUUCAAAGCCGCUUAACAGUAAACUUGAAUUUGUUCGUCUCACUGAGAUGUGCGUACACACGGUAUAGUGCAAUUGUGUUUUGUGAAAAAUUGUUUUUUUUGUCGUCAAAAGGUUCUGUUUUUCAUGUUCAAUUGCAUUCUGGUUGCAUAUUCAAUCAAUUUUGAUCGAAUUCGUCAAAAUUUUACCGACUAAAACCGUGGUUUUUGUUUUAUCGCACAUGACAUUUCGAACAGGUCACAUUGAAUAGUGCAAAUUUGCCAUUCACGAUGUCAGGCCAGCUCCACUCUGAUCGCAGACUCCAGUUUAUCUAUCUUUCGCUUGACAUUUUUCGGCGACAUACAAACGUGGAAUCGUUGGCUGUUGACCAUCACAAACAGCAGAAGGGAAGGCAUCCACCGAAUUUUGUGAUAAAUCGAAAAAUCGAGGAUUAUCAUAGCAAGCUGUUGCAAUUGGAUUUUGACUUGGAAGCCUCAGAAUUGAAGCAGCUUGACUUCAUUUGGCCGAAUACCAACAAGAAAAUAAAUGCCGCAAUAUGGUCGCUUUCCGAAGAAGACAGAGUCGAUGUGCACAACAAGGCAACGAACUGUCAAAGGAAAUUCCUUUACUUGCCGUUGCAUGUGCUUCAAAAAGAGACAAACAUCUACCAGUUGGUGCAAGCAUUUGAAGAAAGUCAAGGAAACGACGUAGCUGGAGCAAAUUUGGAACGACACGUAGCUCAAGUGCACAAACAAUUGGCUGAAGUUGAAUCAUGGCCACAAUUUCUAAGUGGUUUGAAGUUUCUUAGUGAAGUUUCCAACGAUGAUAAAGGCAUGCUGUCCAAAACAUCAACAGAAAGCGAUUUUGAGGCACAAUCCGCAAGAUUGUCGCGGAAGCGCAAGGAAGGUUCAAAUCAAACCGAUGAAAGUGGCUCUGUGCCAGAUAAGAAACCAAAAAUCCACGCCAAUGCUGUGAAUUCAAAGAUUCCAGUCAGACAUGCCCAUCAGGAUGUGCAUCAAUUGAACAACGACGACACGAAGCACUCAACAUCUUCGGUCGAACCGGUCACGCCGAGCACCAUGAACAUGAGCACCAGUCAACCGACCAGUAAAAUGGUGCAAAAAGGUUCGACAAUCAAAAAGCGUGUUGUGCCCGAACCGAGCGACUUUCAACGCGAAAUCAUUGCAAUGAGCUAUGACGAUUUUGUUGAAAAAACAAAUGUAGCACAGCUGGUUGCAACGGAUUUUGCAAGACAGUUCAAUGGAACCAAGGAAAUGGAACCGUCACACAUGGAUUGGGGUCUGAAAGAAUAUGAUCGGCUUCGGAAUUUGUACGAAAAAUGGCACGUGAAUUCACUGAAAAAUCUCAAAUUCAAAGAAUGCGAAUGCAAGCGGAAGAAAACAUUUGCAGACAAAGCAACGCAUACAGAUGAUGCUGAGGUGCAAGAUAUGGGCAUUCAGUGCAGCUUAUCGGAUUUCAAUCGGUAUGAAACUGAUGAAUUGGAGCAACAUUUACGUCAAUCGAAAAUGGCUUUGCCGACAGUCAAUGCAAUUUCUGAAUCACAAAUCAUCAUCAGUACACAGUAUGAUGUGCCAGAAUCGCAGCGUCUAGAUCAGAAUGAUAGUGCGUGCGUCACAGAUGAUGUGUUCAAUGUAAAUGAAGCUGAGGAGGAUAAUCAGCCAUCACAAGUCGCACCUCGCGUGGAAACACCAACGGAAAGCCCAGCUGAUUCAAGCCCAGAGGCAUCAGAAGUUGCCACGCAACCACUGCUCCAAUCGGCCGGACUACAGUCGCCAGAGCGACGGAAUCAAGAUCACGAUGGUGCAAACGUCACAGACGAUGUCACAGUGAAUGAAACUGAGAAGGAUAAUCACCUAUCACAAGUUGCGCCGGAUACAGAAUCACUAACGAAAGGCAGAGCUGAUUCGAGCCCAAAGGCAUCAGAAGUAGCCACGCAACCACUGUCUCAAUCGGUGGCCAACAACGAUGCCAUCACCGUCGCGAUUGAGAAUAGCAAUUCAACACAGAAUGUGCGCGAUGCUACAGCUGUUGGAAUUGAAAAUGUGAAUGUAAAUCAGACAGCCAGAGCAGAAAAUCGUUCGAAACAUCUGAAACAUAAGAAAACUCCAAGGAAAAGUGCAGUUCGCUCGAUUUUACGCGAAAUUGGUCAACAUUUUGAAUCGCUACGAGCGCCUACAUCAGAUUUGAAUCGCAAAGUUGAUCUUUGCAUGGCGAUGGCUCGGCGUAAUUAGAAUAAGAAAGAAAUGUUACGAAGCAAUUUUGUUAAAUUUUCAUUCAUCAAUGGAUCAGAAUUCGUUCAAAAUGCCACGUUUGGCCGAAUAACACAACAUAUUCAAUAGACGCUGGUAGCUAGUACUAGUUUUUUUAUUACAUUGAAAAAAAUCCGUUAAAUUUUGAUAUCAAAAUACCUAAAUUCAUGUAUUUCAAAUUUCUUUCCCGUUGAAAUAGUUUGAUAAAAAAUGAUUGAAUAAAAUGAACAAAUGAAAGAAAAACAUGAUUCAACGAAAAUAAAUAAAAUAAAGACAAAAAAA